UCUCGGGUCUUUGGGCUCCUUUGUUAGAGCCCCAGCAAAGGUUGCCCUAACUUCCGAUACGAACCGGAGCUGUUCCUGCAGCUGCCCCUUCCCGGGCGGGGGUUAGUUCCUGGGUCUGGGGGUUCCCGGGGGCGCUGCCCGUGACCAGCACGCACCUGCUUCUUUUCGUCGCACCAUUCCGGUGUCUCCGCACCUCUCCAGCUCCCGCACCCGGGCCCGUGGGCUUCCAGCCCGAGUCGGGUGUCCCGGGUAGCUUGAGGACACGGGGCUGGGCAGGUGCCGAGAGCCUGCGCCUGGCCCCAUCCUGCCGGGCUGAGCCACUCGGAGCCCGAAGCGAGGAGCCUCCGGGAGACUACGUGCGGUCGCCUGCCUCGCUGUGCCUACGCCUUCUGCUCCUAUUGCUUUCCCAACCGAGCGGAGAAGCCGGGGGCGUGUUGCCUGGGCCCUGCAAAGCGGGCUGGCUCGCGGCUGCCGCCUGAAGUCCGCGGGGUGCACCUUCCCGCCCAUGGGCCAUGCUGUCACAAACCCUGCAGUCCCCAGCCGGCCGGAGGGCACCCCAUCCUGACGUUCCAGGGUAAAGGGACCAGAGACCGCUGAGUGGCCCCGCCAGGACCCCAGCCUUCAGGGCAGCUUUCGGUGCAACACAGGGCCUGCAAAGGGAAGUUUCUCUUGCUUACAGGACACUGGGUUCCCUACAAGCCGUCCCAGGCUUAAUGAUUGUCCAGAAGGUGGCUAUAAAGGGAGCCUGGGAGGCUGGGUGGAGGAGGGAGCAGAGAAAGCCUAACUCAGCAGAUCUGGGCACCGAGAGAGCCACCGGCAGGAGCUGUGGUCAGAGGCUCCAGGUCCUGGGCAGUGGGGCGCGCUCCCUUCCACCAUGGCGGCCCAAGGCUACGGCUAUUACCGCACUGUGAUCUUCUCAGCCAUGUUUGGAGGCUACAGCCUGUACUACUUCAACCGCAAGACCUUCUCCUUUGUCAUGCCAUCAUUGGUGGAGGAGAUCCCUCUGGACAAGGAUGACUUGGGGCUCAUCACCAGCAGCCAGGCGGCAGCCUAUGCCAUCAGCAAGUUUGUGAGCGGGGUCCUGUCUGACCAGAUGAGUGCUCGCUGGCUCUUCUCUUCGGGGCUGCUCCUGGUGGGCUUGGUCAAUAUAGCGUUUUCCUGGAGCUCCGUGGUACCUGUCUUUGCUGCUCUGUGGUUCCUCAACGGCCUGGCACAGGGGCUGGGCUGGCCUCCGUGUGGGAAGAUCCUGCGGAAGUGGUUCGAACCAUCUCAGUUUGGCACUUGGUGGGCCAUCCUGUCCGCCAGCAUGAACCUGGCUGGAGGGCUGGGCCCUAUCUUGGCCACCGUCCUCGCCCAGAGCUAUAGCUGGCGCAGCACGCUGGCCCUGUCGGGGGCCCUCUGUGUGGUGGUCUCCUUCCUCUGCCUCCUGCUCAUCCACAAUGAACCUGCCGACGUCGGACUCCGAAACUUGGACCCCACCCCCUCCAAGGGCAAGAAGGGCUCCUCGAAGGAGGAGAGCACCUUACAGGACCUGCUGCUGUCCCCCUACCUCUGGGUGCUCUCCACUGGCUACCUUGUGGUAUUUGGAGUAAAGACCUGCUGCACUGACUGGGGCCAAUUCUUCCUGAUCCAGGAGAAAGGACAGUCAGUCCUCGUGGGUAGCUCCUACAUGAGUGCCCUGGAGGUUGGGGGCCUUGUAGGCAGCAUCGCAGCUGGCUACCUGUCCGACCGGGCCAUGGCAAAGGCGGGGCUGUCCAUCUACGGGAAUCCUCGCCACGGCCUGUUGCUGUUCAUGAUGGCUGGCAUGACCGUGUCCAUGUACCUCUUCCGGGUAACUGUGACCAGUGACUCCCCCAAGGAUGUUGCUUUCUGGACUCCAGCUCUUCACCCUCUUGCUGAGCUCACAGGCUUUACGGAGCAUGAGCUCUGGAUCCUGGUGCUGGGAGCUGUGUUUGGUUUCUGUUCUUACGGUCCCAUUGCCCUGUUCGGAGUUAUAGCCAACGAGAGCGCCCCUCCCAACUUGUGCGGCACCUCCCAUGCCAUUGUGGGACUCAUGGCCAAUGUGGGCGGCUUUCUGGCUGGGCUGCCCUUCAGCACCAUUGCCAAGCACUACAGCUGGAGCACAGCCUUCUGGGUGGCUGAAGUGAUCUGUGCAGCCAGCACAGCUGCCUUCUUUCUCCUACGAAACAUCCGCACCAAGAUGGGCCAUGUGCCCAAGAAGACUGAGUGAAGAGUGUACAGGCUCCAGUGCAUCCUCUCCCACCUGUGGUCUUCCCCUGCACGAGGCUGGGGGGCAGAGAGAGAAAGGGGAGCUGCUCCGACUAGCACUGAACCUUUGAUUUCCUCUUGUGCGCCUUUUCCCUCGCCCAGGUGGCACUGGAAGUUAUCAGUGGCUAAUGAGGUCCCAGCUCCCCAUCCUCUGUUCUAUUUAAAAGGCAACUUUUUUUUCUCGGACUCCAUUAGCUCCUAUUUUCUGCCUUCCAAAAGGAAACCCCUGCUGUCAGGGAGUCCCCUAGACCCUUCUUCCCCUCCUGGGCCCUCCCACACUGUCCCCAGGAGAAGUAAGGCUCCUCCUGCAGCUGCAGGGUACCAGUGGCCUAUAAUUUCUGCCCUAAGGCCUCUCAGCACCGGGCGACUGCUAUUGCCAGUACCUCCGAUUCCUGGGGAGGAGGAGGCCCAUCACGCUCACGGGUACCCUGCGAAGAUGGCAGAUGGGGCUGGGAGGGUGGGGAACUUGACACAGAUUAAAACUAGAUUUGAUACUAAACAUUA